AGCCCACCACCAUCACCCAGAGGCCAAACCCACCAGCAGCCAACCAGCUAGCGCUCACUCACUCUAUCCAAGCAGGCAGUUUCAACUGUUGGAGCCACGGCAGAGAUGAGGCGUUGCAGCUGCCGUAUCUCUUCGCCGCUCGCGGCUCUUGCCCUGCUCCUCCUCAUCUUCUUCUUCCACGGCGCGGCAGCGGCUCGCCCCCUGCCUGCUUCUGUUCCUCCUCGGGUUAACCAAGAGAAUGGAGCCAGGGUGGCUGCAGAUGAUGAGCCGGUGAUUCAGAAAGGCGCCGCUGGUAGUGGCGAUGAGCUCUCAUCGGUCGCUGAGGCUGAGGUGAUGGGAGCAGAGGAGGAGGCGGAGGAGCCGGCGUGCGAGGAGGGGAACGACGAUGACUGCAUGCAGAGGCGGCUGCUCCGGGACGCGCACCUCGACUACAUCUACACCCAGCACAAGGGCAAGCCGUGAACCCGUGUGACGUACGUGUGAGGGUGAGGACCGGCAGCUGCAGAUCCUCAUCUCGGUUGGUUGGGACUUGAGUCUCUGAUGACGAGUACAUGCUGCAAAGUUGACACAGGGAAUCUCAUCUAGCUAGUACAUCUACCUUCUGCUAGGUUAAUUAUAAGUUCUGCCACUAAUUAGUAUCCGUGAUCCAUCUCUAGGAUUAGUAUACGCGUGUGUCCGAUCCGUCACCUCGUUUGUACAUCUCUCAGUCGUCUAUAAUACAUGCAUGGGUUACCACUAUUUUCUUCAAGGCUUUUGAUUGUAAUCGGCGCAGUAUGAGAUUGUAAAGCUGAUCAGGUUUAUUCA